AUGGCGAUAAGACAUAUUCCACCGCAUGGCGGAGAUCUUGGCCCUCCUUCACUUAACCAGCGGCCCAUGGAGACUGCGUAUCCACUCUUUCUCUAUUGCAAGCCCGUUGUCCUCGAGGGAAGUGCACUCGAGUUGACGAAUACAUACAGUCGCAGUCAGGAUGGAGAUGGUCCUCGUUGUCGCAAGUGCGGAAUCCUCCUGGGCUCGGAUUGGAUGACGCGGUCAACAUCGGUAAGCCUGUGCAUGACUUACGCUUUGGACAUAAAUGUAGCGGCGCUUGGCGAUUCUAAAGACGCUGGGCUGUGUAGGCUCGCGAGGAAUUUAAGAAUCCCAGUUGGGCUCGUCAGCGACGCAAAUGAUGACAAGUAA